AUGCCGUCUGUGGCAUUUUGUGGACUGUACUCGUGUCGCAGUAUCCCCGCCGCCGCCGCCGCGAUGAGCACGCUCCUCCGCCGCAUCCUCUGCAGCACGCCCGCCGGCGCCUCCCUCUCCCACCGCCUCCCCUUCGCCACCUCCUCCCGCCGCACCCCGCACCGCUUCCGCCGCAGCCACCGCGCGCCCAGCCAGUCGCCGUCUCCCGACGCCGUCUCCGCUGCCAUCGCCUCCCUCCCCUCCCGCCUCACACCGGCCGUCCUCGCAUCCUCCCUCGCCUCCACCUCCGACCUCCGCCUCCUCUUCCCGCUGCUCACCCACUCCCUCGGCCGGCCCACCUUCCGGCCCGACCCGGGGCCCUUCCUCGUCGCUGUCAAGCGCCUGGGCGCCGCCCAGCUCUACGACGAGUUCGACCGCACCUGCGCCCUCUUCUUCUCCCUCCUCCCCUCGCUCCCGUCCCCGGGGCCCCUCCUCAGGGCCGCCCUCUACUUCUACUGCGAGUUCCGCAAGCUCGGCAAGGCGUUCCACGUCUACACCCUCAUGCGCGCCUCCGCCGACCCGGCCGCGCGCCCCGCCGCCGACACCUACCACGCGCUCUUCACCGCGCUGCUGUCGCGCGGGGGCAACGACUCCAUGGUGCACUACAUGUACAUGGACACCGUCUCCGCGCUGUUCCGGCAGAUGCUGGAGGAGGGCAUCCCGCCGGACACCCGGGCGCUCAACGUGCUCGUCAGGGGCUACGCGCAGUCGCUGCACCUCAACGACGCGCUGCGCGUGUUCCACCAGAUGGCGCCCGUCUACGGCUGCGAGCCGGACGGCCUCACGUACAGCUACCUGCUGCGCGGGCUGAGCGCGCAGGGCCGCACCAACAACGCCCGGGAGCUGUUCGAGGAAAUGCGGGGCAAAGGGAUGAUGCCGACGGAGCCGUCCUGCAACGCGUUCGUCAGCGCGCUCGCGGUGGCCGGGGAGGCCGCGGAGGCGGAGCGGGUGAUGUGGGAUAUGGCCAGGGCGGGGGCGGUGGUGGAUCAUAUCACGAGGAGGGCGGUGGUGGAGGAGCUGGGGAGGGCCGGGAAGAGGGAGGACGCUGAAAGAGUGGUCGGGGAGAUGGAGGAGAUGGGCAUGCUCAGAGUCGCCGAGCGGCGAGAGCUCCUGGCUUCGAUCCAAGACGACGAGGACGGCGACGAUGGCCUGGAUGCUGACGAGUGCACGAGAGGUGGUGAUCGACGACGACGACAAAGUAGCUAGCACAGAAUUCAGCAGGUUGAUAUCUGCAUCGGAUGAGUUUUUUUUUUACUAUGAUUCUCAAGUAUCCGUUCAUAAAUGUAAGAUGUUUCAGAUAUUUCAAUAUAGACUACAUUUGGAUUGAAA